AUGCCAGUGGAGCUAGAACCCAUGCCCCUGGGCAUGAGGUGUAAGCCAUGGUACAAAGACAGACUGCCUUCCAAGUGCUUUGCAAAGUCCAAGGACAGGCCGACAUUCCCCACCUCCCUGAGCUACCGGAGUUGGGUGUUUGUGAACAAGGGGCUGGACAACUUCAGGAGAGGUUGCCCAAAUCACACAGAGAUGAUCACUCGGGCCCCUACGGAGGCCUUUCUCCCCUUGAUUUAUCGCACAACUCCUAAACCUGCCCCAAAAAGUUGUCGGAAGAAGCUGUCCCGAAAAUCAGCUCUGUUUUCCAACCUCUCACCAUCCCAGCUUGCACGGAAAGCAUUCAUGAAGGACGUGGACGCCCAUCUGAAGCUACAUCCAUUGUCUUUCCACCAGCAUCUGGAAGAAGAAAUGCCUGUUGAGGUCUUACUAAAGGUUCUGGGAGAACUAGAUCCUGACAGGAAGCUGGAGGACACCUGGGCUGCUUGUCAGGAUGUCAGGAAAAGAAGAGAGAAACCCACAGCACUUACACAAUAUUAUUCUACAGAAUCCUGCCUUAGCAUUCCCGAGCUGACUAUCAUGCCAACUCCAGAAGAAUGGCUGGAAGAAAUUAAGGAAAUCAUAGUGGAUUUACCUCCAAGCCCCCUUCCUCAAAGAACAUCCAGAAAACUUGCUCAAUUCUUCCAAUGGGUUGCUUCUUUGGGAUGUACUGAUUUUGAUGAAGAGACAAUCGAGCCACUGUUUGAAAUUAAAUUUGAUGAGAAGCCACAGUUUGGUCCACCCAAAAUAAAGAAUAUACUCUUGGUUCCCGAGGAAAUAAGGUACAUCAAGUGUCGCACUAAACAGUUAGAACCAAAAUUCUCCUUACCGGAACCAGACGUCACGAAGAAACUCUAUGAAAUACAGUGUCUUCGGCAAAAGAAGCACAUGAAGAUGAGGUAUGGAGCGUGGUACCUCCACCCCAACUUGUGGAAAAAGCUAAGGGAAGAUGAACCUUUGCUUGAUCCUGAUGCCCCAGAUGAUAGUGACAGUGAUGAUGGCUAUUUUAGAAGGCCUAAGAAGGAAUAUGACAUUCUUGAAGAUCUUUAUGGAACAAUUGCCUUUAAGGAUUUUAUUUUAAACAAGGGCUACAGCAUGCCAAGUGUAAUUGAAAGGUUGUUUAAAAGGAAGGGAUGGAGAUAUGAUACUGUUAGAACUCCUAAAAUAUUGUCAACAAGAAAUAGCUCAAGAGAGGAUUCCUCAGAAGAAGAUUAG